AUGUUGUACUUCAUUGCAUAUAUUCUGUUCACUAUAUUAAUUUUAGCGGUCAAAGUAGUGGUUGGUUUUUUCUUACUUAUAUUUUUGUGUUUUGCCCUCGUACGGCUGUGGUUUGAACCUAUAAAGGGUGUGUGUAAAGCUAAAACAAAGCUCCAUGGAAAAGUGGCGCUGAUUACCGGAGGCAAUUCUGGAAUAGGACUGGAAACGGCGAAGGAUUUGGCACAGAGAGGCGCAAGAGUCAUCAUAGCUAGUAGAAAUGAUAAAAAAUCAGCGGAAGCCGUCGAAGAAAUCAAACGAAUCAGUGGAAACGAGAAAGUUGAAUAUAGACAUUUAAAUCUUAGAGACAUGGACAGCGUGAGGGAGUUCGCAAAGAAAUUCAACGAGGAAUUCGAUCGUUUGGACAUUCUGGUAAACAACGCUGGCAUCGGAGCAGCGAAGAAUGCGCUGACACCUGACAACAUAGAUAUCUUGAUGGCUAUCAACUACGUAGGUCCUUUCCUCCUCACACACUUACUACUAGAUAAAAUCAAAGCCUCCAAACCAAGUAGAAUCGUAAUAGUAUCAUCAUACCUCCAUUUCCACGCAAACUUUGAGUUAGACGAUCUCACGAAGGUAACAACAAAAAAUACAUUAAUCAAAUACUGUAAUGCGAAACUCUGCGAUGUUCUGUGGACAAAAGAACUAUCCAGAAGAUUGCCAGCAGGUGUAACAGUGAACGUGCUCCAUCCAGGUCUCGUGAGGACCAACAUUUUCGAUACAUUACACAAAUAUAUAAGAAAUCCUUUGUAUGUUAUUAUCGACCUGCUUUUCAAAACAGCGAAGGAAGGAGCGCAGACUGUUAUAUAUUUGUGUGUUGAUCCAGCAGUUGAAAACAUGACGGGAGGCUACUAUAUGGACUGCAAGAAAAUACCUUCAUCCAAACUAUCAGAAGACGAAAACCUCGCGAAGGCAUUGUGGGAUAAAACAUUAGAACUUGUUAAUGUCAAAUCCGACAUAUAA